GCCGACACCUGGCAGGUAAACUAACACCAACCUACCCUAGUGACGUCAUCCUCCACCUCCUGACCAAUGGGUAGUUUACACACAACAGCUGGUGGUGGAGAUCAACUCUCAGGUGGCGCUGUUCAGGGACCUGUUGAUCUGUGUGGGUCAGAGCCGAGAUGGUCCGGAGCUUCGAGAGAGGAUUCGGAAGGUUCGCCGUCAAUGUGUGGACACGUGUAAACAUGCCUCCAGCCUCCUCCUUCCUGGGAUUAAGAACGACGUGGCUGAGGGCAUCCCCGUCGACAACCAGAACUUUGUGCACCUGGUGGCCUGCACUCAGCUCAUGUCCAGGGAACUCCGCAAGUGCAAGAGACUCGUUCAGACCAUGCCAGUCGACAUGACAGAGUACUAUGAGAACAAGCCAGGUCCUUCUGGUAUGGGCGGCCUUGGAGUCAUCUCUCAGCUGCUGCUUUGUAAGACCCUGCAGCCGGACUUUCAACAGGAGGAGAUCUGCAGCAUAGAGAAGGACAGUGAAGAUAUCCUGGCCAUCCUGAAGGAGAUGCUGGAGUAUAUGCCACAGCUAACCAGUGUUGUGUGUGGACAGGAGGACGCUACCUCGAGGAACUUGGCGCUCACCGGGGAGGACAUGUUCAGCAUCUGGAGCAAGAAAAGAACUCGACGUUCCCUCUACCGCAAUAUGAGUUCCUUAUGCUGCACCUGUAAACCUGCCUACUUGUAAUACGUCAAAGUCUAGUUCUCCGGCCACUCCACCACGCCCACUCGCGUCACCGCCCACUUAACACCUAUGUAACCAACCAACCGCGCCCACCUACAUGCCCUCCAAGAUCUCAGCCAAGGAGAUGAACGCCCACCUCACCAAAAACAAAAUGGGAUAUUUCUUCUUUUUUUUCUCACUCCUGUGUGACUGAGAAGUGUUGAGUAUUAUAAUAAAUUCCACUAAUGACGACGCGAAAUGUUAUGUAUUGUAAAACUCCGCCAUGGCCCAAAUACUGUAAACAAUUGACUAUGUUCUUUAUUUAAUGCAAAGGCACGUAGGAUUCUCCCUCCACCCUCUCCCAGGCCCUUUAGUCUCAUUCAGUUCCCUUUACCCUCUCUUGGCUCCCCCCACCCUCUCCGAGCUCCAUCCACCCUCUCCUAGCUCCCUCCACCCUCUCCUAGUUCCCUCCACCAUCUCCUAGUUCCCCCCCUCCCCCACUCACUCCUAUCUCCCUCCACUCUCUCUUAAUUCUCUUUAGCUCCUUCCACUCUCCCCAAUAUCCUCUACUCCACCCUUCAUCUGUCCACGUACGCCACGCCACAAAACAGACCCAUGCACACCACGACCCUCACACACACACAGCAUAAAGAACGCGCCACAAACACGUCCCACACAUCACCAAGCACAGUCCCUUCACAUGAACCCUAAACUAAACCCACACACACGCACAGUCAAGCCAUGCCGACACGCACACCUCUCGUUACCUGACACACAACUAGCGUAAACUCGUAGCUCCUGUUCCGUAAGUGAUUGUUGUGCAGUUCAAGUGAUUAUCCCGCUUGUGUAAGCUUCGUCCAACCUGCUGUACAGUCAUAGCCUCAAUAGAGUGUGUACUGGUCAUCCGUGUGUAUGUGUGUGUGUCCCUCGAAUAGCUGCGGCAGCGUUACUAUAAUCAACCGCUGCUGCUGUUGUUGCUGCUGCUGCUGGCUAGGCAAAUUAGACUCUAUGGAUGUAAACAUAGACUACUCCUGCUGCUUCUGUAGUGGCCACGUACAGUCUGGCUCAGUGGCAAGGUCAUAUAUACGUAUUGCAGUAACUCUCCUACUGCAGGGAGGAACUUCCUGAGCCAUUUUCUGGUAUACGUGAUACAAGACGGUCAUACUGGAAAAAGAAAUGUCGUUCGCCCUAUAAUGAAGAGAGUCAGCUGUGAUGACUGCAUGCUGUGUGUGCUGGAGUCCUUUCCUUCCCUGGUGAUGCACCUGCUACGAUAACGCCAGAGCAGAGAAGUAAUAAUAACCCUUACUAAUUUAAUCUUUCCGCCGCUAUAUUCUGCUCCUGCUAUUUGAUCAGUAUUACAUAGUAUUUACCACUAAGAGGACCUUCUAUUUCUCAUCGUGUAGCUCCGCCUUGGUGACUUGACCCUCAUGUAAGGAGUGACUCAUGUAAGCCAAUUAGCUGUUGUUAUCCCUUUCUGGUGAUCUAAUAUGGACGUUUUCUGUGACUGUCUGUUUCCCCUGGCUCAUGUUUUUCCGUGGCCAGUUUUAGAACUCCACACUGAACAUUUAUCACACUUGACUUUUGUAACUAUCUAGUGUUGUCAUUUAGUGUUUCUCCCGGGCGUUACCUCUCCGUAUGUGUAUCCCAGUUGAGUGACGCCUUGUGUAAUGAUCCUUCUCUCUGUUUCCCUACUUAGUGUCCAGACAACAUGUGUGACAGUUAACACACUCUCAUCGUCCCCUUCACCUCUCUUACAAACAUACAUACGUCUGCUACCUCUCUCCGCCACCCCCGUCACCUCUCUCUCCCACCCCAUCACCUCUCUCUCCCACCCCAUCACCUCUCUCUCCCAACCCAUCAUCUCUCUCUCCCACCCCAUCACCUCUCUCUCCCACACCUUCACCCGAUGCUUCCCUCUCACACAACUUCCUACAUCCUCACUACUAACUAUCCCUCCCACACUUACCUGUCACCUGCCCCGUGCUCUCACACACUUAUUCCAUAUCAUUUCACAUUUUCCGUACUCCUACACUUGUUCUGUGCUCUAACACCUGUCCCAUGCCCUUACAUCUGUUCUAUGUCCUUACACCAGUUCCAAUCCCUAACACCUGUCCCCAUGUCCCUACAUUUAGUCCAUGCGUGCCUCCAACAUCACCUGGUGCGGCACAGCAGACAUCCCUCCUGGCUCCACAAAAGGACUCCAUCAGUAGGGCGGGGCUCGUCUGCCUGCCGACGUGUCUGAGUGCAGUGGAGGGGAACUAGACGCUGGCCAUAGGAACUAGGUAAUGAAUGCACAGGCCGUCGAUUUGACACACUGUUACCCACAAGUGAUAAAACUUUUAUCCGGGUGAGACAAAAGAGGAUUUGAUAUAUUCAUUACUUGCCUACACAAAAAACAAAAACAAAACAAAAAAAACAAAACAAAAAAGCGUUGCAUCAUGAAUAUUUUACUUACCGUGAGUAGUAAUAACUGAAGUCGUAGGUAUUAUUUAGGAGUAUUUCAGUCAUUAAUCUCCAGCCUCGUUUCUGUUGAUCUUGUAGUUUGUGUGUUUUUAUGAUUUGAAUUACAUAUCAUACCGCUAGCCUUCUCGACCAAGCUUGGGCGUAGAGAGUAGUAGUAAGCCUGGCGACCUACAGACGGCCGGACCCACCCAGUCCACCCUGAUUGUUUCUGCAGGAUACAUGGCGCCAGUUUGUGAGUCAUGUAUCAGUUCCAGGACACCUGGUGCCCGUCAGUUGCCUGUAGGACACGUGGCGCCGUUUACAACAUGUAUCAGUUGAGUGUAGGACACAUGACGCCAGUUGUGCCAGGCAUCAGUUGCCUGUAGUACACGUGGCGCCGUUUGUUUCAUGUAUGAGUUGCCUGUAGGACACAUGGUGCCAGUUAUACCAUGUAUCAGUUGACUGUAGGACACAUGGUGUCAGCUGUGUUAUUAAUCAUUUGAUUGUAAGAUACAGGGCGCCAGUUGUGCCAUGUAUCAUUUGACAAUACCAUACAUGGCAUCGUGUGUAUGUGUGUGUGUGUGUAUGUAUGACUCUAGAGCACACGGCGUCAUUUGUGUCACGUAUUAGUUGACUGUAGGACACAGCGCUGGUGGUGCCGUGAACCACUAACCUAACAUUGUGUAGGAGAAUCACAAUCCCGGCUACAAGUGGCUAGCGAGAGUAACUGUACAUAGGCGGCGGGGUGGAGAGAAACGCCUCCUGUGCUGACGGGAUGAUCAGACGCCAGAAUAUAAAGAAAUAUUUAUUAUUAUUAGUGAACAUAACAGUGACAGCGACGUGAGUGAGAUACAGUAGCGUUAGCCAAAGGUUUUAUUGAUGAUGUCAAAGAUUUAUUCCUUUCGACUCACAGGCAGAAUAUAUUCCUUCAAUAAAAAUCCAUUAAUUGUAGUAACAUGAUAAUUUUCGGAAGACAAAGACAAAAUACCUCAGUUGGACGCACUUGACUCGACACCUGAAUACGUGACGACAAACCACAAAUAAACACAGACAGAUUAUGACGGACCGAGCUGUUGCUUCCUCUGUAGGAUGAUGUAGGUGUGUGAGAGGCGGUGUAGGUGUGUGAGAGGUGGUGUAGGUGUGUGAGAGGCGGUGUAAGUGUGUGA